GCAGGAGCGGGGUGUCCCGGCCGGGCGGGGGCUGGGCGGGGAUUGGCUGGAGGGGCUGUAAUUCAGCGGUUUCCGGAGCUGCGGCGGCGUAGACGGGGAGGGGGAGCUGGGGGUUCCGACGUCGCGGCGAAGGCAGCGAGCCGAACCGGAUCCGCGACGAGCACCCCGGCGAGGCGCUCUCUCGGCGUUGGCUCGGCGAGGCCCGCGACUCGAGGGAGCCCGGCGCCCGCACCCGGCGUGAGUGCUGCCCCGGCCUGUCGGGCCUCAGCCGGAGAAACAGUUGGGACCCCUGAUUCCAGCAGGAUGGCCCAAUGGAAUCAGCUACAGCAGUUGGACACACGGUACCUGGAGCAGCUUCAUCAGCUGUACAGUGACAGCUUCCCGAUGGAGCUGCGGCAGUUUCUGGCUCCAUGGAUUGAGAGUCAAGAUUGGGCAUAUGCAGCCAGCAAAGAAUCCCACGCCACUUUGGUGUUUCAUAACCUCUUGGGUGAAAUUGAUCAGCAGUACAGCCGCUUCCUACAAGAGUCAAAUGUUCUCUAUCAGCACAACCUGCGAAGAAUCAAGCAGUUCCUUCAGAGCAGGUAUCUGGAGAAGCCCAUGGAGAUCGCUCGGAUCGUGGCCCGGUGCCUGUGGGAAGAGUCCCGCCUCCUCCAGACUGCAGCCACUGCAGCCCAGCAAGGGGGUCAGGCCAACCACCCCACGGCCGCUGUGGUGACGGAGAAGCAGCAGAUGCUGGAGCAGCACCUACAGGAUGUUCGGAAGCGUGUCCAGGAUCUAGAACAGAAAAUGAAAGUGGUGGAGAAUCUCCAGGAUGAUUUUGAUUUCAACUACAAAACCCUCAAGAGUCAAGGAGACAUGCAGGAUCUGAAUGGAAACAACCAGUCAGUGACCAGGCAGAAGAUGCAGCAGCUGGAACAGAUGCUCACUGCACUGGACCAGAUGCGGCGGAGCAUUGUGAGUGAGUUGGCGGGGCUUUUGUCAGCCAUGGAGUAUGUGCAGAAAACUCUCACAGACGAAGAGUUGGCAGACUGGAAGAGGCGGCAGCAGAUUGCUUGCAUCGGAGGCCCUCCCAACAUCUGCCUAGACCGGCUAGAAAACUGGAUAACCUCAUUAGCAGAAUCUCAACUUCAGACCCGCCAACAAAUUAAGAAACUGGAGGAAUUGCAGCAAAAAGUUUCCUACAAAGGGGACCCCAUUGUACAGCACCGGCCAAUGCUGGAGGAGAGAAUUGUGGAGUUGUUUAGAAACUUAAUGAAAAGUGCCUUCGUGGUGGAGCGGCAGCCCUGCAUGCCCAUGCAUCCCGACCGGCCACUGGUCAUCAAGACUGGGGUCCAGUUUACUACAAAAGUCAGAUUGCUGGUCAAAUUCCCCGAGUUAAAUUAUCAGCUUAAAAUUAAAGUGUGCAUUGACAAAGACUCUGGUGACGUGGCAGCUCUCAGAGGAUCCCGGAAAUUUAACAUCCUGGGCACCAACACAAAGGUGAUGAACAUGGAAGAGUCCAACAAUGGCAGCCUCUCCGCAGAGUUCAAGCACUUGACCCUGAGAGAGCAAAGAUGUGGUAACGGUGGCCGAGCCAACUGUGACGCCUCCCUGAUUGUGACGGAGGAGCUGCACCUGAUCACCUUUGAGACUGAAGUGUAUCACCAAGGCCUCAAGAUUGACCUCGAGACCCACUCCUUGCCAGUUGUGGUGAUCUCCAACAUCUGUCAGAUGCCAAAUGCCUGGGCAUCGAUCCUGUGGUACAACAUGCUGACUAACAACCCCAAGAACGUGAACUUUUUCACCAAGCCCCCAAUUGGCACCUGGGAUCAAGUGGCCGAGGUGCUGAGCUGGCAGUUCUCCUCCACCACAAAGCGAGGGCUGAGCAUCGAGCAGUUGACCACGCUGGCAGAGAAACUCCUAGGACCUGGUGUUAACUACUCCGGGUGUCAGAUCACAUGGGCUAAAUUUUGCAAAGAAAACAUGGCUGGCAAGGGCUUUUCCUUCUGGGUCUGGCUAGACAAUAUCAUAGACCUUGUGAAAAAAUACAUCCUGGCCCUCUGGAAUGAAGGGUACAUAAUGGGCUUUAUCAGUAAGGAGAGAGAGAGGGCCAUCUUGAGCACCAAACCCCCAGGAACCUUCCUGCUAAGAUUCAGUGAAAGCAGCAAAGAAGGAGGAGUCACCUUCACUUGGGUGGAGAAGGACAUCAGUGGUAAAACUCAGAUCCAGUCUGUGGAGCCAUAUACCAAGCAGCAGCUGAACAGCAUGUCGUUUGCUGAAAUCAUCAUGGGCUAUAAGAUCAUGGAUGCCACCAAUAUCCUGGUGUCUCCGCUGGUCUACCUCUACCCCGACAUUCCUAAGGAGGAGGCAUUUGGAAAGUACUGUCGGCCAGAGAGCCAGGAGCACCCUGAAGCAGACCCAGGUAGUGCUGCCCCGUAUCUGAAGACCAAGUUUAUCUGUGUGACACCAACGACCUGCAGCAAUACCAUUGACCUGCCGAUGUCCCCCCGCACUUUAGAUUCAUUGAUGCAGUUUGGAAAUAAUGGUGAAGGUGCUGAGCCCUCAGCAGGAGGGCAGUUCGAGUCCCUCACCUUCGACAUGGAGCUGACCUCGGAGUGCGCCACCUCCCCCAUGUGAGGAGCCAGGAUGGAAGCUGCAGAGAGGAUGGCGGCACCUGCCCCCGUUCCACCACCCUUAGCCGGCCACACCCCAGACCAUUUGAAAUGCCUAACUUUGUGGUUCCAGAUUUUUUUUAUCUCCUACUUCUGCUAUCAUUGAACAAUCUGGGCACUUUUUAAAAUAGAGAAAUGAGUGAA